AUGGGCAGGUACUGUGAGUGCUUUGCUUCUGGAUCAUAUUGUGAUGAAUGCAGUUGUUCUGAUUGUCAUAAUAAUUUUGAGAAUGAGGAUGCCAGGAGAGAAGCCACUGAAUGCAUCCUAGAACGUAAUCCAAAUGCUUUCAAGCUAAAAAUCAUUGGCAGUCCAUGUAGUCCUGUAAACUACGGGGAUGCAGCAAAGGAUGUUUUGUUAAUGGCUAAACACAUCAAGGGAUGCCACUGUAAAAGAACUGGUUGCCUCAAAAAGUACUGUGAGUGCUUUCAAGCAAACAUUCUCUGCUCUGAAAAAUGCAAAUGCGUCAACUGCAAGAAUUUGGGAGGAAGUGAGCUGGGAAUGAUUGUUUCCUGGGGAAAUCAUAGUAAGACCACAGCCUACAUCCAGCAAGAAAAAAAUGCUGCUUCAUCAGAUGCUAUUGUUUCCUCGAGCCAUAUCUUCUCUCAAGAAUCCAGAAAAAGAAAAUUUCGAGAACCAUCUGAUUCAAACAUGAGAGAUACAAAUAUUCACGAGUUCACAAAUCACGAGGUGAAUCCAGUUGGAGUUUAUGUUUCGUUCCCUGCCUUACCUGCCGAUCGUGUUUGUCAAACUGCUAGUUCGGCAGCGUUGGGCUCUUCAAAGUUUACGUACAGAUCGCUCUUAGCAGAUGCUAUUCAUCCACUGGACACAAGAGAGCUCUGCUCACUUUUGGUGGUUGUAUCAGAUGCUGCAAAGUUUCUUGCUGACAAAAACUGCAAGGCAGAGAUAAAAAAUGUAAAAGAAUACCAGAUGGCCUGUGAUCUUGCGACCCAGCAUGAGAAAGAAUGCAAAAAAGAACCUGAUGUUCAGCAAGUGCCUCAUAACCAAUUUCCUGGGAGCCAAACUGAUAUAGCAGUCACGGAUAAUUCCAGAUCUUGUGAAAAUGGUGUGCAGGAUGCAGGUCCGUUUUCAACUGAAGGAGAUGACUUGAUGUGCGACGAGAACGACAAAUUGUUCACAAGAUCUGCUUCCCUAGACCAAAAUGCGAAUAAUGGAUGCAAUGAAGGUGUCAGGAUGGAGCAGGAAAGACUUGUUUUGACAUGUUUACGGGAUUGUCUUGGAAAGCUCAUCGCUUUUGGAACAAUAAAAGCGACAGCUGUGGUCGGUUCAAACACCUUAGCACUUGCAACAUCGAAGCAAGACCUGAAAUCUGAUUGA